AAUACAUACAGGAGAGAGAAAGUCUGUGUAUAAACUAUUCAGAGAGAAGAAAGUGUCUCCCCAAAGUUGCAGGUUGCACUGGUACCAAAAGUUGUGGUUUCAAGUUCAAGUUAUUGUUUUUGUUUUUGCUCCACCACCUUCUUCUCCACCAAUCGCCACCUCCGCCUCUUUGACCACCGCCUCUGCAAUUCCCAUCCCAUCAGCCAUGAAGAGAGGGAAAGAGAAAAGAUGCCCAAAAAUACAAAAGGAAAAUUGAAAAACAUACCAAAAUCUCAUUUUCCCUACUCUACUCUCCCUUUCUACACACUCACGCUCUCCCUUCAUAUGGUAUACAAUGACUACUCGAAUAUAAGCACGAGUCUAUCCUUACCUUUUAUAAAAUGGUUAAAUCUUUGCCGCCCUCUUCCUAUUAAGUCCCCAAAAUAAACAAAAAAACUCAUCUUUCCCCUCUAAUCUCUCUCUUUGAAAAGCCUUUUAGUCUUUCUUGAGGGCUCUCCUUAAAAUCAUACACCUUCCCCAGAAGAGGGAAAAAAGAAAAUCCAAGAAAAGCCCUUUGCAGGAAAUAGUAAGAAAAAAAAUAUAGAAAUCCAUGGAUACAUAUGAAGCUACUAAAAUAGUGAUGUCUAGGAUCCAAAGUAUGGAUCCAGAAAACGCUUCAAAAAUCAUGGGUUAUAUACUGAUACAAGAACAAGGGGAGAAGGAGAUUUUGAGAUUAGCUUUUGGUCCUGAAGCACUUUUGCUAUCUUGCAUCAACCAAGCAAAGGCCUGUUUGGGGCUUCCUUCAAAUAGCCCUUCUUCCAACCCUUCAACUCCCUUGUCAGAUCCCAUGAGACCAAACAACCCAUUUCCUCAAAAUAAGCCAAGAAUCUUGAUUCCCAACUAUGGGUUCCAUACGAGUAACCCUUCUUCAUCUGCUGCAGGUUUCUCAAGAAGUAGCCCAAGACCCAUUUCUUAUGCAGCCGUUGUCAAUGGUUCCAUUGGUUCUAAUGAUAAUGAAAAUAGUGGUUCAGGGCCCUCAAGUUUGCCUUUUUAUGAUGGAAAUGAUUUUGCUGAUGAGUCUGGUGGGGGAAUGCAUAAUCAAGUUCAAGAGUUUCCAUUUAUUGACGAUUCCGUGGUGGAUCCAAUAAUUAGUCCCAGUGUGAGGAGCGAUUCUCUGGUUUUCCCUUUUGGUGAGGAUGUGAAUGGCAUUCCUUCGCCCCAUUCACACCCAUUUCAUAGAAGGAGUUGUUCAGUUAAUGAUGCUGCUCUUCUUUCUGGUUUUGAUGAUGGAAAUGGUAGGGGUGGUUGGAGGCCUUGCAUGUACUUUGCUAGAGGUUUUUGCAAGAAUGACAAUAGGUGCAAAUUCUUGCACGGUGGUUUUUGCAGUGAAGGAAUUGAGAUGGGAUCCCCAAGCAAGACGGAUUCAGGGCCAUUUGAUGAGUUCUUGAGAAUGAAGGCCCUUCAACAGCAGCAUAGGUUUGCACUCUCGCCUCAUGGUAGUCACCACCCACUUGCUUAUAUGAAAUGCCCCAACUUCUUGAAUGAACAUCAAAGAUCUGCUACGGCUGCAUUGUUUAUGGGUGACGAACUCCAUAAAUUUGGCCGUGGUCGACCUGAGAGGAACGAUUUUUCAGCAAUGGGAUUUGUUGGAAGUUCAAAUUCAAGCGCCAGACAGAUUUACUUGACAUUUCCGGCUGAUAGUACAUUUAAGGAAGAGGAUGUUUCCAAUUACUUCAGUAUGUAUGGACCGGUGCAGGAUGUUAGAAUUCCAUAUCAGCAGAAAAGAAUGUUCGGAUUUGUUACAUUUCUCUACCCGGAGACUGUGAAGCUCAUUUUGGCUAAAGGCAACCCCCAUUUUGUGUGCGACUCCCGAGUGCUUGUGAAACCUUACAAGGAGAAGGGAAAAGUUCUAGAAAAGAAACAGCAGCAACAAAUUGAAAGAGGAGAGUUUUCUGCUUGUUUAAGCCCGUCCGGACUUGAUUCCCAAGAGCAAUUCGAUGCCCCCUUUGGGUCGAGAAUGUUUUACAAUGCACAAGAGAUGAUGCUCCAGAGAAAAAUGGAGCAGGAGGCAGAAGUACAGCAUGCUAUUGAUCUUCAAGGGAGAAGGGUGAUGAACAUGCAACUGAUGGACCUGAAAAAUCAGCAUCACAAUAAUCAUUUCCUGCCAAACCUGUCGGCCAGCGCCCCAAUUGGCUCCCCAAUCCAGUCUCAGUUACAAAUGAACCAAAAUCUCAUUCUUCAAUCUCAUGCUACUGAUCUAGAAGUUUCAGAAGAAAUUAGCGGUAUCCAGGAAGCAGCUAAAUUUCCCGCCCUUGUAGCCAAGGCUGAGGAGGAAGCAACCAAAUUUGGCAAUAACAGUGAAAAUGCCAAUAAGGAGGAUCGAACCAAUGCUGAAGAUGCUGAUCUUCUUGAAAGCUUGGAGCACAUUCUUCCUGAUAAUCUCUUUGCCUCUCCUACAAAACUAGCUGCUGAACAACAGUCAUUUUUUGCCCAUGCUUCAACGGAUACCGAUGAAGGUAUACCCGUAAUUGCAUCGUCCACUAACAGCCCCUUGCUGCCCAACUCUUCAGCUCUUGACAUGGCUUCUCUUAAGUCGUAUUACUUCCAAAUGCCAAGGUUUUCAUCUGGGCGAGAAGCCAUUGAAAUGUAGGUGUUAGAGCUGAGCAUGGCUGGCAGGGAGGGAUUAUCAUAGCUUGGAAAAGUAUGAGUAGCAUAAACAAAUUAGUAGAAUGUCCUCUAGCAGUAUAGCCAAACCAUACAACAGAAGAAAGAAAGAUCAGUAAGGAAGAUCUUUUCAAGAUUGUUGUCAUCAUCAAUACCAUACUAGCAUAUUAUUUAAAACAAUACAUAGUGCAUAGGUAAAGGACAUAUGAACUAAUUUAUGAGAGUAGGGUCUUUCUGUUCAUUUUGUACCCUCUCUGUAGUUGUGCUGGAACACUGAACAAUUAGCUUAUUUACAAAAAAGGCAGUAGCAGUAACUCACUCUUUUAUCAUAGAAUGGUAACGUAACUUUUUUCUUUA